AUGAACUCGAGUUCAUAUACAAGCAACACGUCCAUGGUUGCAGAGGGGGAUCUCUUCGCUCAGGCAUGGACCUUCCUGGUGUCUGCGCGCCUGGAGCUGACCUUGUUUCUGGUGGCUCUGUUGGCUCACUUGUUGCUCUUUGGCAACUCCAGUCCCGAGAAGUCCAAGAAGGGUGGCAAGGAGACCUUUGCCAGCUCUCCUCAGCGCUUCUCGUGCGCAAAGGAUGUGGAGUCUGCCAUGGCGGAAGCUGCCCGCUCUGGGCAAGCAAAGCAGGUUCUGAACUGUUGGGCAGCAGCCAAGAAGUUCGACGAGUGCAUCAUGAUUCCUCUGGCCAGCGUAGUGGAGGCGAUGCAAAGAUUCAAGAAGGACGGAGACUACAUUGUCAGAGAGCUCUCCAGCUACCUGGCAAAGAAGAACUGCUGCAACAUGGCUGUCAUCAACGACCUGCUGGAAUCCUUGGCCAAGCGUCAUGAUAGCGACUUUGUGCAGUCCAUCCUGAAGAUUUUGCCCGCAGGCUUCGCGUUGGACAGCCGCUCCUAUGAGAUUCUGAUGAACAUGUACUUCACGAUGCGGACCUUUGAGAAGGUGGAUGAGCUGGUGAGCCAAGCAAAGGCAACCAAGGUGCCACUGUCCACUCGCGCAUCGAUUGUGAUCAUCAAGACAGCUUUGAAGACGGAGAACUUUCAAGAGGCCCUGGCCACGUUCCGGGAGUUGAAGUCGCUGUGGUCGGGUCCUGCGAGCAUGGGGCCCUCAACGGCACCGCGCCACAUCGUGGGUCAGCUCGUGGACAUGGCCUGCAAGGAGCACGAGCUCAAGCGAUUCCUUCCCGAGCUUGCGACGGUCCCACUUGCAGAGGAUGCGGUGCACCUUAUGGUCAGCGAGGCGGUGAGGGAGAGGGACCUGGAGCUGCUUGAGCAGGUUGAGAAGCUGGCCCGCAGCAAAGACAUUGUCUUCUCGGAGUCCACGUACGGCAUGCUGAUGAAGGGAUACAAAGGACGGGACGACAAGGUCGCGCAGCUGUUUCAGGAGGCUUUGGCCAAGAAGACAGAUGCAGGGCCCGAGUUGUGCCUGGCGCUCUUGGUGUGCUGCCAGCAGACGCACAACUUCGCCCUCGCAGACAGCGCCUACCAACACUUCUCCAAGCAGAUGCCGCUGUCGGUCCUCGCGGCCUUCAUCCGCUUCCACUUCGAGGUAGAGGACUAUGAGAAGGUGUGCGACAUGUAUGAGAAGGAUGCGGCGCCAUUGCGAGAGAAAGCUGCAAGCGAAGGCAGAAGCAUCCUGGAUUCUCGCAUGGAGCGUUGCGUCAUGAACGCUGCCUUGAAGUGUGGCCGCAGCAAGCUUGCGCGCCCGGCCUGUCUGACGAAUCGAGCAAAGCUGGAGAAGUUGAUCGAAGAUGCGUCGGCAAAGCCAGAGAUUCUGGUUCUGGACGUGGUGGCCGCUUCUCAAGCAGAGGUCAAGGACAUCGUGAAGAAGACCAAAUGCGUGUGCACGAGCAUCGGGCCUUUCGUGGAGUACGGCGAGCCCUUGGUCCAGGCCUGCGCCGAGCUGGGGGUGGACUACGUGGACACCAGCGGGGAGAGCACCUUCUUCCGGCAGAUGAUCGAGAAGUACGACGAGGUGGCCAGGCAGAGCGGGGCGCGGAUCACCGUGCACUGCGGACAAGACUGCGUGCCUUGGGAUCUGGCGGUUUGGAAGCUCUGGAAGCUGCUGGGAGCUGAGCUCACAGGAGUGAAGAUCCUGAGCGAGAUGAAGAGCAAGCCCAGUGGAGGGACCAUGAACACGGCCAUGCUGAACAUGCGUCAGAAGGCCAGCAAGAGCUCCCUGGGCUUUGAUCCCUUGUACCGGCUGCCAGACGGAAAGAAGUCUGACUGCCUCACGCAAGUCGACCUGCCGAAAGGCAGCCAGUACUACACGGAGGCGGGGCAGAAGGGCGGGCCUUGGGUCAUGGGCCCUGUGAUGGCCAACGCGGUGCGUCGAACCAACGCGGUGCUGAAGAUGGUGCCGGACCUGAAGUACCACGAGGCGAUUCUGGAGUCCAGCGACCUGGGGCUGUCCACGAUGACCACCGCGGCUCUGGGCCUCUCCGUGUAUUUGCCCUUCACCCAGAGCUGGUGGUACUCCCUGGGGGUGCUGCCGGAGCCCGGGGUCGGACCCACCGCGGAGGAGAUGGAACAAGGCUUCUUGACGCUGACGGCCUAUGCGGACACCAAGGCAAAGAGCCCCAAAUGCAAGGCCGUGAUGAAGUUCCCGACAGAUCCGGGCUACAAAGAUACCGCACGCAUGUGCGCGGAGGCCGCUUUGGCCCUGGUGGACCUACCCAAGUCUGAAAAAGCGGGAGGUGUGUACUCGCCCGCUGCGGCUUGUGCAGAGGGCUUGUUCGAGCGGCUGCUGGCCACAGGAACCACCUGGGAAGCGCAGUCGUUGCUGUCUGACAACCCGUCCGACGUGGCAAAGCACAUCACCAUGAUCCGCAGCUGUGCCAUUGAGCAGAACUUGGAUGGAGCCAUGAACGUCUUCGAGUCCUUGAAGAAGAGCGGCGCCGAGCUGAACUCGGUGGUCUACAACACCGUGCUGGAUGCAUGCGUGGAAUGCAGCCAGUUGGAGAAGGCCCAGGCUUGGAUGAAGCAGAUGAAGAAGGACGGCAUGUCCGAUGUCGUCAGCUACAACACGCUCAUCAAGGCCCAUUUGCAGGCUGGACACAUGAAGAAAGCCAAGUCCUUGGUCGAGGAGAUGCGAUUGGAACAGCUGCAGCCGAACUGCAUUACCUUCAACGAGAUCAUCAAUGCCACAGUCUCCAGCCCUGACAAAUCCAUUCGUGCGGAGGCUCACCACGAGGGGGAGGGGAAUCCACUGGCCAGCGCUACCCUAGGCACUUCCACAGCCCUGGGUCCUCUUGUUGGCGGCGCCAAGUGGCGCCCGCGAAAAAUCCACUCCGCGGCGUUCGCGAUGCCGUGGUUCCCUUUGCGGCUGCCGGUGCUGGUGGCGGUCCUGGCGCCCUCCUGUGCCAUGGACUCGGAGAUCUCGGAGCUACACGCCUCCAUCGAGGAAAUGUGGCUGCGGCUGGGCCAGUUCGCAGAUGCAGCGCGACCGCCGGGAAAGCCAUUGGGAUCUGAGGCCGAGAUCUCUGCUGGGAUGCUGCAAGAUCUGCAUGGCAUCCAGGAGGAGUUUGCCCAACUGCAGCUGCAGGCCAACGAUCUCGCCCGAGAAGCGGCGACCGACGUGGCGCUGCAUCCCCAGGUGGGGCCCUACCUGGAGAAGCUGCGCGCCUUUAAGCCCCGGCUGCAGGCGGCUUUGACUUCGCUGGAGAAGGAGGUCACACUCCCGAAGCCGCGGAGCAAUGAGCUGAAGAAGGAGGUCUUCUGCGGGUCCACGCUGCCCAUGCUGCGGUCAAAGGCAAAGAGGCGGCUGGCGAGGGAUAGUCGGAACUUCAAGACCAAGGCCAUGGAGGAGAUGUCCAAGUUCCAGGAGCGGCAGAUGCAGAUGCAUGACAGGCAGCGCGAGAUGCUUGCGCGCAUGUCAGGCCCGGAUUGGCCGAAGGAUUGGCCGCUGACUAACUUGGAUGCUCGGCAUGUUGGAGAUGCGGAAGACAUCAUACGCUCAGGCCUCCGAUCACUGCGAGCCAGGCUUGAGAACAUUGGCGGGCUUGCCUACUUGCACGAUUCGGAGGAUGAGGAUGCUUUAGAGGCUGCUGUGGCAAUAGGGGACAUGAUGUCCUGCUACUCCAAGCUUAUGGAUAGAUAUACGGAGAAGCUGAAGAAGUCCCAAAGGAAGGCCAAGAAGGUCCAGGAAGACAUCAACUCCCCGGACGCGCCGCCCUUCUGGCAGCCUCCCGAUGCCGAAGCGCCUAGCCUCGCGGGUCUCGGCGGCCUGGCGCAGGUUGGCAGCAGCUUGGCGCAGGUGUGGACCGUCAUUCGAGAGAUGCAAGCAGUUGGCGUGAAGCCGAACCAAGUGACCUGUUCCAUUCUGCUGAAGAAUCUGAACAGCUCCUCUCCAGAGCCGGACAUCAAUCAGACGAUGAGCUUGAUCAACAGCAUGGAGGAGCAGCUGGAUGAGGUUCUGCUCUCAUCAGUGGUGGAGGCCUGUGUUCGCAUCGGCAAGCCCGACCUGCUGAACACCAAGCUCAGGCAGCUGAUGUCGGGCGACAUCAAGGUCAACGGAUCGCACACCUUUGGCAGUCUCAUCAAGGCCUACGGCCACGCCAAAGACAUGAAUUCCGUGUGGCGGUGCUGGAAAGAGAUGCGAAGCCGUCACAUCAAGCCCACCAGCAUCACUGUUGGCUGCAUGAUCGAGGCGGUGGUGUCCAACGGGGACCCAGAUGGAGCCUGGCACCUGAUCCAGGAGCUUGGCGAGGAUCCGCAUUGCAAAGGCAUCCUCAAUGCGGUGAUCUACUGCUCGGUGCUGAAGGGCUUCACGCGCGAGAAGAACGCAGCCAAAGUCUGGGCGGUUUAUGAGGAGAUGCAGAAGCGCAACAUUGAUCUCUCCAUCGUCACUUACAAUACCCUCCUGGACUGCUGUGCUCGAUGCUGCCGCAUGGAUGGGGUUCCAGCAAUCAUCGAGGACAUGAAGAAGGCCAACAUCAAGCCCAAUAUCAUCACGUACAGCACCAUGCUCAAGGGCCACUGCCAAACUGGCGACCUCACUGCGGCCUUCAAGCUGGUCAAGGAGAUGCGGGAGGAGGCUGGCCUCGUCCCCGACGAGAUCAUGUACAACUCCCUGCUGGACGGCUGCGCCCAGAGCAGCUUGGUGGAUGAGGGCCUGCGAGUGCUAAGCGAGAUGGAGGAAGCCAGCGUGAAGCCAAGCAACUUCACCCUGUCUGUUCUGGUGAAGCUCAUGAGCCGUGCCCGUCGUGUGGACCAUGCCUUCGAGCUCGUGAAGCAGCUGUCGGCGAAGUACCACCUGAGCCCCAACUCCCACGUCUAUGCCAACUUGGUCCAGGCCUGCUGCUUCAGCAAACAGCUGCAGCGGGGCCUCAACACCCUGGAAGAGAUGAUGGAGCGCAAGGUCUCGCCCGACAAGCGCACGUACUCUAUGCUGUUCCGAACUGCCGUGCAACAAGGACAGCUGGAGAAGGUGGACGGGCUCCUGCGGGGCGCCCUGGGCAUCUCGGGCGCCCUGCCCUUCCUGGCGAAGCCCUGGGCGGUGUGCACAGGCAUCGAGGACGGCGCCCUCUCAGAGACUCUCUCCGCCAUGGCCAGCUCUCCUGAUGGGAACAAGGUGGCCGCGGGGCUGCUGGUGGAUCUGCGGAAGGAGAAGCCCAAGGCCUGGAUCGACCCCGCCGUGCAGCGCCCGGACGCCCCGAACCGGGCGAGAAGGGCGGGAAGGGCGGAGGGGGAGAAAGCCCCGAGGUCACCUCUACCUGCAGCCUCCGAUACCCUCAGAUGGGGCCAUGACCUCAUGUUUAAGAGGUAUUGGACACUGCAGGACAACGAGCGCAAGGCCAUCCAAAUGGAGGAACGCGCGAAGGCGGUGCGGAGGGCGCAGGCGCAGCUGUCGGAGGUGCUGGACACGCUGACGGAGGAGGACAGGAAGGUGAUGGUGUUUUCCUUGCAGUUCCUCCGCGAGCGGGAGGAGAGGGCCGCGGCGGAGGUGGCUGCCCGUGCCAACGCUCAGAGGAGCACAGGGCUCGCAGGGCCACCGCCGCCGCCCAUGCCUGGCCAGCGAGUGAGCGUGGAGGAGCUGACUCGCCGGGUGGACGCCAUCCGCGCGCAGAAGGAUGAACUGGCCUACGAGCUGCGGGCGCUGCAGAAGAUCUCCCAGCGCGAGAGGGACAUCACCAAGGACCUCCGCAAGCUGAACCAGAUGGACCUGGAAGAGAUCGGAUCGCAAAUGCAGGUGACAAUGGCAGAGAUUGAGCGCUUCAAGCAGCUAGCAGAAGAUCGGGAGCAGCGCGUCAAGGAACUGCAGAUGCGGCUGGUCAAGCGCCGGGACCAACGCCUGGUCAAGCCCCGUCUGCUGGGCGAGCGUGCGGACAUCGUCAGCGAGCAGGGCUUCUCCGAUCUCUCGGAAGUGUUCGGUGACCAGAACAUACUCGACCUCUAUGUUACCGUGGGGCAGAUCGAGGAGCGUGCGUUGCUGGAGCUGCCCCGGCAAGGCCCGGUGCUCUCGCAGGUGCCGCCACCAACCAGCUUGGUCACAUUGGUCAUCGCGGAGUUCAUGCACUGCGAUGUGGGAAGCUCCGAAACAGCUGGCGGCCUGCGGCCCCGCUUCGACUCGCUGCUCUCCUUCGGACCCUUCCAGGUGGGGGACGCGGAGGUGGAGCACUUUGCGAAGGGCGCUCUGCGGCUGGAGCUGCAGGCCUUCUCCUCGGGUGGCUCGGCAGCUUACGUGCUGGGCCGUGCGUCCCUUCCUUUGGCUACUUUGUUGGACUGCACUCCUCAGGAUCCAAAUCCUGUUGUGGCGGGCACCCUUUGCUUUGCAGCAGAGGCAGAUGGACGCGUGCAGAUCGCAGCUGUUGGCUACAAGGCCCGGUGGCGCCGAAGCAUCAUCCAGGCGGUGGAGAGCUAUGCGCUGCGCCGCGGGGCGCCUCAGGCUGAAGCACAUGCAGGGGCACCGGCCGCGCCAGCCGCGCCUGGCCUCAUGGAUGCUGCCAAGGGUCUCAUUGUCCAGGUGUUCAAUGCGACGUCCUUGGUCCCUUCGCCUGGGUCGGCGCCGGAAGCCUUGCAGCCCUACGUGACCUACGAGGUUCCUGGCCACAAGACCCACUUCACCCCGACCGGCAGUGGGCCCAACGUGUCCUUCGAGGACAUCCACCGCAUGGUGGUUCGGGUGGACCAAGACUUCUGCAGGUGGGCAGAGAGCAGCGGGGGUCUCCACCUCUUGGUCUUCGAUGCGGCAGUGCCACCUGCUGGCGCCACCGAGGAGCAGAUUGGCCUCGUGGGGGAGGCUCGCAUUCCGUUGACGCAGCUCCUGUCGUCCCGCACAGCGCGAGUUCAGGGCAACUUCCCCUUGCAUCGUGGGCAGACUUUGGCCGGUUACAUCGAGCUGGCGGUCGGCUGGCAGGACGAUCCAACCAGCGUGCUGGCACCUGGAGCACAUGGCUUGUCUGUACUGGAGGCAGACCGCGGGGCGCUCACGGAGGAGCAAUUCCAGGUUCUUUGGCAGCGCGUCAUCCGGCGCCUGCACGUGGUGAAGCUGGCCCCGGUGGACUGGUUCUACAAGUACGACGCAGACAAGGAUGGCUUUUGGUCAAAGCCGGAGUUCUGCGCGGCACUUGGCGAUAUGCCCUUGGGAAUGUCUGUCCUGGAGAUCGAGUACGUUUUCCAUUGGACAGACCGCCGGAGGCGCAUGCUGGUGACCCUGGACGACCUGGCCGCUGCCUUCGAGCAAGGCAAGAAGGCUGCGCCGCUGGAACAGUGGGCUCGGGACGUGUACCGGCGGAUUGCUGCCGCGCUGAAGCGGCAGGGCUGGACAGCCAAGGAGGUCUUCGACGCAGUGGCCCAGGAUCGACGGGCCCAGAAGAGCGAGUUCUUCGCACUGGUCAACAGCCUGGACUUGGGUCUUCGUUCCGAGCAGCUGGACUGGCUGUGGAAACUUACCGACACGAACAGUGACGGCCUUCUCGACUACUCCGAGUUUGCGCAGCGUAUCGUUGAGGUCACCGGCAUCAGCAGCACAGCCUACCCUGUGCCCAAGCCUGAAGAGGAUGUUUUGGAUCCCCCGAGCGCCACUGUCUCUGCAGCCGACGCGGCGGCGGCAAUGUCAGAGGCGUGGCAUGACAUUUGCCUGGCGCGCAUUCUCCGAGGCUGUGAGGAGCUUGGCUGGAAAAGCAUCGACAAGGCGAUGGAGCAGCUGCCGGUGCGAGAGGAUGGCCUGGUGGCACGAGCCGAGCUGCUGGCGUUCAGCACAAGAUGCAGGUCUGGGCUUUCGGACUGGGAGCUGGACAAGGUCUUUGCCAGACUGGAUGCUGAGAUGCGGGGUGCGGUGCCAAAGCGAACUGUCAGGACGGCCCUGAUGCGCUGCGACGUGUUGGAGGCUCCGGCUCAGGCAUCGAUCCGGCAAGCCGUGGAAUGCCUCGGCAAGAUGCACCAGGCGUUGCUGCAGUACAGGCCCGCCACGACAGAGGCGGCGUUGAGGAGCGUCUUGGUUGAGGUGGCUGCCUCCCGCCAGCCGCUCCGAGUACAGCGGGAGGAGCUCACCGCCGCGGCUGCCCGCUUGGGGGUCGAGAAGGUCUGGACUGACGAGUUGUGGUUCGCAGCCCCGAAGCUGCGGGACAACUCCCUGGACAUCGACUCCUUCUGCAAGCAGGUGGAGCUGGCGCCCUUGCCCGGGGAGGCUGCGGACGAUUCCCUAUCGGACGAGCAUGCGGCCAUCCUCAUGGGCCGCCUGGGGAAGGCCAUCCAGCGCUUCGGAGGUGCCGAGAAGGCUUUCCACACGUUCCAGACCGGGACGGACGGAUGUCUUUCCCGCGCGGAAAUGGAAGCUGCCAUCGCCGAUAUCACCAAGGAUCUCUUCUCCGCCCACGAGCGGAGCUUGGUGGUCCGCAGGAUGGACGCAAACAGCGACGGCCGAAUCAGCCUCAAGGAGUUGGAGAUGGCUGUGGCAGGUGCUGCUGUCUCUGCCAUUGCUCUUGGCAGCUGGGCAGAAGACAUCUGCGCCCGAGUCUUUCAGGCGUUGCAGCGGGAGGGCCGCAGUGUGGACCAGCUCUUCGAGGCCCUGGCAGGCAGCAAGACUGGGCGUCCGGAGAUUUAUUGGCCAGACUUCCGGGCCCUUUUCUCCCAGUUGGACCCAUCGCUGACGGACGGCCAGCUGAGACGCCUUUGGCAGAACUUCGACAAGAACGGCGAUGGAGGCGUCUCUCGCGAAGAGUUCCACAGAGCCCUGGAGCCGCAUCGAGAAGUGGCUGCGGUUCCGGACGCCUCGGAGACGGUGGCGCCGGUGCCAGUGCUGCUGAGCCGCAUCGCGCGUGCCCUUGGCCAGGGAAGGCUGUCCGUGGCACAAGCGCUCUCUGUCUACAGCCGCGGAGUGGUGGGCCUCACUUUGGAGGCCUGGCUGGACGCCGUGCGCGGCCUGCCGCUGCCGCUGGCGCGCUGGGAGGCCACCGCACUGCAUGCUGGUCUGGCCCGCGGCCCUGGGGGCGGAGCUGUGGCGCCCGAGGCAAUGGCGGCCGAGGUGAACCGCGUCAGCGCCCGGGGAGUGCCCGAGGAGCGUUGGGCGCGGGACUUCGUUGCCGGCCGCGUGCAGCUGGCCCACGAUGCGCGGGAGUGCACCGUGGCCGAGGCUGUUCAGGCGGCGGCGGACGGCGAAGUAGUACCUGAGGACACCUUGCGGGCAGUUCUUGGCCGACACCUUCCGGUCCCUGAUGACACGUGGGCCCAACUCCGGCUUUUGCUGGAGCGACGCUUUGACGAUGGCCUUGUGCUUUGGAGGCCCUUCCUUCAGUGGUCCUGCGGCUUCGGAGAUGCUCCGCUGGGCACGGUCGGAGACAUGGUGUGCUCCAGAGUCACGGCGGCUUUGCGGAAGCAGCGGAAAACUGCAGGAGAGCUCUUCGACUCCUUGGCUGGAGUAAAGGCGGCAGUCUUCUGGCAAGACUUCUGUGCCUUCUUCGCACAGAUGGAAAAGUCCUUGUCGGAGCAGCAACUGCAAGAGCUCUGGUACAGCUUUGACAAGAACGGCGACGGCAGUGUUUCGAAGGAGGAGUUCACCCGGCGCAUGGCGGAAGUGGACUCCGCCUCGAAGGAGGUCACCAAAGCGGUGUGCAGCCGCAUCAACGCUGCCCUGCGACGCGAGGGCAGGACGGUGGACCAGCUGUUCGAGGCACUGGCUGGCGUGAAGGCGGUCGUCCAUUGGCCGGACUUCCGCGCCCUCUUCUCACAGCUGGAGCCCACGCUGCGGGACGAGCAGCUGGAGCACCUCUGGCGCUUCUUUGACACGGAUGGAGAUGGGGGUGUCUCACGCGAAGAGUUUCGGAAGGCGCUAUCAGAUGUUGGCAUUGCGGCUGCUCCUGUUACCCAACCAGCGCCUUCUCCGGCGCUCAGCAAGGCCGAAGCACUUCAGGAAGUGUGCACCCGCAUCAGCACUGCCCUGCAGCAGAAGGGGCAGACAGUGGACCAUUUGUUCGAUGCUUUGGCGGGCGGCAAGCUAGAGGUUCGAUGGCCUGACUUCAAAUCCUUCUUUGCUCAGCUGGAGCCCUCGCUGCAGGAGGCGCAACUGCUGCAGUUGUGGGAAACCUUUGAUGCCAAUGCCGACGGUGGCGUGUCGCGAGAGGAGUUCCGGAAGCAGCUUGCGAAGGUUCAGGCACCUGCACCGCCAAAGACGGAGCCAUCGAAGGUGGACGUGUCUCAAGAAGUGUGCUCCAUGGUGGCUGCAAUGCUCCGCCGGGAGGGCAAGACGCAGGACCAGCUCUUUGAUGCAUUGGCUGCAGGGCGCCAGGACGUGGUGUGGCCAGAUUUCCGCGAGCUCUUCCGCCAGCUCGCCAGCUUGACGGAGCAGCAACUGACAGAGCUCUGGCAGCAUUUCGACAAGAACGGGGAUGGCAGCGUUUCGCGGGAGGAGUUCAAGCGUGCGCUAAGCGCCGUGAGUACAGCUGCGGAGGAUGUGGCACAGGACGUGUGCUCGCGGGUCAUGAGCGCUCUGGCUCGCGAGGGCAAGUCGGUGGCACAGCUCUUCGCCGCCUUGGCCUCUGGCAGGAGCACGGUCCAGUGGAAGGAUUUCGGGGAUUUCUUCCAGGCGCUGGAGCCCGGCCUCACACGGCAGCAGUUGGAGCUCCUGUGGCGAACCUUCGACAAGGAUGGAGACGGCAGCGUCUCGCAAGAAGAGUUCGAAAGGGCGUUGCAGCCCGGGACGGUGAAAACGGAGGAGAGAAAGGCCCCUGAAAUCUGUGUGCGCAUUGCGUCAGUGCUCUUCCGGCAGGGCAAGACUGUGCGAGAGCUCUUCGACGCCUUGGCCGGUUCCAAGGGCUCCGUGCUGUGGAGCGACUUCCACUCCAUGUUUCACCAGCUGGAGCCGUCCUUGGCUGAGACAGAGCUGCAGACCCUGUGGAAGGAGUUCGACAAGGACGGUGAUGGCAGCAUUACUCGGCCUGAGUUCUUCCAGGCCAUGGAACCCGCCGCCCGCCUGGUGGUGGCGAAGAUGUCUGAGGUGAUCUCACGGCUGGCGCUUGCCCUCCAGCGAGAGGGUCAGACGGUGGAUCGACUUUUCGAAGCCCUAGCGGGUGGCAAGGAAGUUGUGGCCUGGACUGAUUUCCGGUCCCUAUUCCAGCAGUGGGAGCCCUCCUUGAACGAGGAAGACCUCCAAGGCCUUUGGCGCAGCUUCGACAAGGAUGGUGAUGGGAGUGUGACGCGGGAUGAGUUCCUCCAGGCCUUGGCAGCGCCCAUGGAAGUUGCAGCGGCCCAUACCCAGGAGGUGUGCAAGCGAGUGGCGUCCAUGCUCUUCCAACAAGGGAGGACGGUGAACCAGCUCUUUGAUGCCCUCUCCGCGGGCAAGGGCAUGGUGAUCUUUGAGGAUUUCAGGUCACUGUUCCAGCAGCUAGAGCCAUCGCUGACUUUGCCCGACCUACAGGCUUUGUGGCGGACCUUCGACAAGGACGGAGAUGGCGGUGUGACUCGCCAGGAGUUCUUGAAAGCGAUGGCGCCUUCUGCCAAGCUGGUCGUCCAGCGCGUCUCGGAGGUGUGUGCGCAGGUGACGCUCCAGCUGCAACAAGCAGGUCAAACAGUGCACCAGCUCUUUGACACGCUGGCGGUGGACCAGGUGGUGCGAUGGGAAGCCUUCAGCUCUUUCUUCCAGACCUUGUCGUCAUCCCUUUCAGAGCAGGAUCUGCAUGGCUUGUGGCACAGCUUCGACAAGGACGGCGACGGCACCGUGACCCGUGCAGAGUUUGUGCUGGCCUUGGGGCCCUUGCCUUCUGCCCCGCCGACGGCGCCCGAGAGCGCCGGCGGACUGUCAGACGCGCUUUGGGUCGCCAUUGCAGAGGUUGCAGCCUUGCGGGCUCCGAGCGCGCCGCGAGGAAGCACUGCGCAGCACGAGGCGGUGCGGGCGCAGCUGGCCGCCUUCGACGACUUGCGCACUGGCUGCUUGGACCCGGCCACCUUCAGCAAGGCACUGCGCUCCUACAGCCCUGCCUUGCCAGAUGUGGCAGUGGAGGUCUUGCGAAAGCAAGUCUGCCAAGAGGAUGGUCGGGUUCAAAUCGACGUGCUGGUCAGGAGGAUUCUUCAACCGGCAGAACUCCCUGCCCGUGCCCAACCACCACGGCCACCUCCGGAGGCAGGCGGGCCUCUCUGGAGCGCAAUAUGCAGGAUCCGGCCGGCGCUGCAUGAACGCGGCUUGAGGCUGAGCAGCGUCUUCCAGUGGCAACCUCAGCUGCUUUCAGGGCCCAGCUGGCUGGCCCGUAACCUUGGAAAGCCAGAAGGCUGUGUGAACAGCAACAGAGUGCGCUGGUGCGGGCUGGUGAGGGAUGGUGCGGGCUGGUGCUACUGGUGGCUGGCUCAGGGUCAUGCACUCGUCCUGAGCCUGGGAGGUGUUGUAGCGCUGGGGUCUCCUGCGUGGGCAGUGACGGCCGGCUUUGAGGACUACAACCAGCUGAAUGUGAAAGCUGCGAAGAAAGUUGUCGAAGCUGCCCCCACGACACCGGACGAUGGGCCCUCCGAGGCUGUCUCAGUCAUAGGUGGCGCGGGCUUCUUUAUCCUUAUCGCGCUGUUCAUUUUCGGCGUGGCCAUAGUGGCCACUUGA